AUGGUUCCCUUCAAAUUGCACUCCAGCAUCAAGCAAUACCUCCCCAAGAAGCCUCACAAGUGGGGUUACAAAAUAUUCACGCUUUGUGACUCCAGAGGUGUUGUACACUCUUUUGACCUGUACACUGGCCACAUCGAUCAAGUGCCGGGUUUUUCUGACAUCGGGGCAAGUGGUAGCAUCGUCAUAAAACUGGCUCAGUGCGUGCAGCCGCAACUGGGCCACCUUCUGUACUUUGACAAUUGGUUCACGUCUCUGAAGCUUCUCGUGACUUUGGCACAAAGAGGCAUAUAUGCCCUUGGUACUGUGCGUGCAAAUCGACUGCAGGGUUGCAAAAUGGCCACGGACACAGAACUCCGCAAGAGAGGACGAGGAAGUGCAGAAGAGUAUGAGGCAGUGGUGGAUAACCAGAAGGUGAUCGUUGUCAAGUGGUACGACAACCGAUCGGUGACCACCGCAAGUACCUUUGCCGGUGCACAACCCGUCACCACUGUCAUGAGGUGGGAUAGGCGUGAAAAGAAGUCUGUCCAGGUUGAGUGUCCUAGCGCAGUUGUUACGUACAACAAGUACAUGGGAGGUGUUGAUCUCCUUGAUGCACUGAUAGCAUACUAUCGGAUCCAGCUUAGGUCAAAAAAAGUUUACCUCAAGCUUUUUUUUUCACUUUUUGGACAAGCUCAACUCGAAAUGAAGAAGCGACGAGGACCCACGAGCCACAUCCCCAACGAGGACGUCCGCACGGACAGCACAGGACAUUGGCCGGUUGUCAAAGACACGAGACAGCGGUGCAAGAAACCUGGUUGCAAGGGACAUACCAACGGAAUGUGCAGCAAAUGCAACGCACAUCUUUGCCUAAACAAGAACACCAACUGCUUCUUUGAUUUCCAUCAGCCAUAA